CACCUCCUGGUCUAGGAACAGGGUCCGGAAGAAAUCCGGAGCGGAGCAACAGCCAGCCGUAUUUAAUGUACGGAUUACACAUAAUUAUUUUUCCAGCGAUACUCAAAUUGUUUUUGCGUGGAAUAAAUUAUUUUAAAAAACGUCUACUGUCCAAAUCACUAUGUACUGCCCACUCACUGUCUAAAUCAUUCACUGGCGAAAUCACCACACACGUUUAAUAACGAGGAGUAUAUUAAUUAGUAAUCCAAAAACUACCAUUUUGUCUUACAUUCUUAUCGCCCCGUUCUUAAUUGUCUUUUUGUCGCAGCGUCCAAUACCCCAGUUGGACGUAAAAAUAAACAAAAACAAUUCUUAUUUAGUUCAUUUCCACAAACUGCAGACUCCGAAUCUAUUUCCUCCCUAAAUACAAAUCAAAAACAAUACCAACCAGAGCCUAACGGCAAUAUGAAGUCUAAAGAUUUUGGAAAUGGUGAUGGGGAGUUGGACAUGCUUUUUGGCUUUUUUGUAAUGAAUGGCGCCUGUAUUGUGUUUUUUCUACUCUUUGGUGUUUGUGUAAUUUGUAAUUGUGCAGCCAGAAAACCAAAAUUCCACGGCAGCAAAGAAAAGAAAAUUAAAAAACCUACAGUAUCCAGACUUGUCGCGGCAAUGGCCCCAACAGGUUUUGGUCAACGCUCAACUACUAAAGUGCCAUCAACAACUAAAAAGGCAACAGAUAUUGCCAAUAAUCUUAAUCCAAACUCAACAAAUAGGUGAUUUUUGGGGACGGGGAUGGGACGAAUCGGGAUUUUUCCGUCGCGGGUCAUCAGCAUCGAUUGUUCUUGAAAUUAAUGGUAAUGGAGGUUCUGGGGUAUUUACAGCACGUACUGGUCUAAUGACUGCUCAGCCACCCUCUAAUAGAUCCUU